CGGCGGUUUGGACGGGGGGAGGGGCUUUCUGUGGCCCCGCCCAGGCCCCGCCCCCGCCUCCAUGCGGCCCCCCCAGACUGAGCUCUGGCUGCACCUGACCUUGGCCCUGGGCUUGGCCCUCCUUGGCCCCCCGGCUGUGGGGUGGGCCUCGGCACGGGCCCCCAUCUAUGUCAGCAGCUGGGCCGUGCGGGUGUCCCAGGGUUACCAGGAGGCCGAGCGCCUGGCGCGCAAAUUCGGCUACGUCAACCUGGGGCAGAUCUUCCCUGACAGCCAGUACUUCCAUCUUCGGCACCGGGGGGUGGUCCAGCGGUCCCUGACCCCGCACUGGGGCCACUGCCUGCGCCUGAAGAAAGACCCCAAGGUGCAGUGGUUCGAGCAGCAGACACUGCGGCGGCGGGUGAAGCGCUCCUUGGUGGUGCCCACGGACCCCUGGUUUUCCAAGCAGUGGUACAUGAACAGCGAGGCGCAGCCAGACCUGAACAUCCUGCAGGUUUGGAGCCAGGGGCUGACGGGUCAGGGCAUCGUGGUCUCCAUCCUGGAUGAUGGCAUCGAGAAAGAUCACCCGGACCUCUGGGCCAACUACGACCCCCUGGCCAGCUACGACUUCAAUGACUAUGACCCGGACCCCCAGCCCCGCUACACGCCCAGCGACGAGAACCGGCACGGGACCCGCUGUGCCGGGGAGGUGGCAGCGAUAGCGAACAAUGGGUUCUGUGGUGCAGGUGUUGCCUACAAUGCCCGAAUUGGAGGUGUGCGCAUGCUGGACGGCACCAUCACCGACGUCAUUGAGGCCCAGUCGCUGAGCCUGCAGCCCCAGCACAUCCACAUCUACAGCGCCAGCUGGGGCCCCGAGGACGACGGGCGCACGGUGGACGGCCCGGGCAUCCUCACCCGAGAGGCCUUCCGGCGCGGCGUGACCAAGGGCCGCGGAGGACGGGGCACGCUGUUCGUCUGGGCGUCGGGCAACGGCGGGCUGCACUACGACAACUGCAACUGCGACGGCUACACCAACAGCGUCCACACGCUGUCCGUGGGCAGCACCACCCGGCGGGGCCGCGUGCCCUGGUACAGCGAGGCCUGCGCCUCCACGCUCACCACCACCUACAGCAGCGGCGUCGUCACCGACCCCCAGAUCGUCACCACGGACCUGCACCACCAGUGCACAGACAAACAUACGGGCACCUCGGCGUCAGCCCCUCUGGCUGCAGGCAUGAUUGCCCUGGCUCUGCAGGCCAACCCCUUGCUGACGUGGAGGGACAUGCAGCACCUGGUUGUCCGGGCAUCCAGGCCGGCGCAGCUCCAGGCCGAGGACUGGGCGAUCAACGGCGUGGGGCGCCAAGUGAGCCACCACUACGGCUACGGGCUGCUGGACGCGGCGCUGCUGGUGAGCACAGCGCGGGAAUGGCUGCCCACACUGCCCCAGCAGAAGUGCACCCUCCGGGUCCUGCACACCCCCAGACCCAUCCUCCCCGUGAUGCGCGUGAAGAGGAACGUGUCCGCCUGCGCCGGCCGCCCCAACCACAUCCGCUCCCUGGAGCACGUGCAGGUGCAGCUGUCCCUGGCCUACAGCCGCCGGGGGGACCUGGAGAUCUCCCUCACCAGCCCCAUGGGCACCCGCUCCACGCUCGUGGCCGUCAGGCCCUUCGAUGUCAGCGGCCAAGGCUACAACAACUGGAUCUUCAUGUCCACCCACUUCUGGGAUGAGGACCCGCGGGGCACGUGGACCCUGGGCCUGGAAAACAAGGGCUACUAUUUCAACACGGGGACACUGUACCGCUACACGCUGCUGCUCUACGGGACGGCUGAGGACAUGACAGCGCGGCCCAAGGGCCCCCAGGUGACCAGCAGCGCGUGUGUGCAGCGGGACACAGAGGGGCUGUGCCAGGAAUGCCACAGCCCAGCCUACAUCCUGGGCCACCUCUGCCUCUUCUACUGCCCGCCGCGGCGCUUCAGAAACCGGCAGGCCAUGAGCACUGUGCCUAGGUGCCCCGCUGCCUCCGCCCUACAGGUGUGUGCCAGCUGGCACUCUUCUUGCGACACCUGCUGCGGCAGCUCCCCGCUCAACUGCACCGCUCGCCCCCCGUCCUACAUGCUGGAUGGGUUUCAGGGCUCCUGCUCAGGACCUGCCACCUCCAAGAGCCCCGCACAGUCCAUUAUAACCGCGACCACCUCCCUCUGCCACCACCAUGGCCUGGCACAGACCAUGCUGCUGGCCCUGCUGGCCCUGCCCUUCUGGAGCUCCCUCCGCUGAGGCUGUCUCUUCUCUGCAGGCUGCCUACCUCCAUGCGGGGCCUUCCUAGUGCUGGGGAUCCCCCCAGGCCCAGCGUGGGCUGGAACCCAGAGAUGUCUGGUUAGGAAAGUGAGUGUGCACCUCGCAGGUGCCCGGGGUGGGGGCUGAGGGGUGAAGAACCUACCUCCGUAAGGUCCUUGCCGACCACCAAGGCCCUCAGGCCAGGAGUGGCCCUGGGGGAGUCCUGCAAGCUGGACUUGGCAGGUUCUGAUGAAAAAAAGAGAAGUCUAUUUACACGGUUUGGGGGUUUGGGGAGGGGGGCAGGGGUAGAGGUGAGGCCUUGACCACCAUCCCUCUCUGCCCCAAAUCUGGGGAAAGGUGGAGGGAGUGAAGACAACACCAUCCAGUCUCAGGCACAAUACCCAAGCUCGGCAUUUGCAAAUAAAGGUUGAAUAGGAGGUACACG